AUGGCAUAAUAUGCCAAAGUUUAUAAUAUUAUCUAUAAACCUUGGGCAUAUCCAUUCUAUUAUUGACUAUGGUUAUAUUAUUCUGUGAUAGUAGUUUAAAGUGAUAGAACCUAAAUGAUAACACCAUGAUAAAAUCUAAACAACACUCAACCAUUAAUGAUAUCAUCUAUGCAGUCAACAACACGUGUUAUUUUAAUAUUAUUAAUUUUUAAAUUUUUUAUAAUAUUUUUUGUUAUACUGUUUAAAAAAAAAUGGGUAAAAAACGUAGGCGUACUGACGAAGAAACCGAAUUUGAUUUGACCAGAAAAGCCAAAGAAGUAAAAGACGAUAAUGAAAAACGACUUAUUGUUAUUCUAGAAAAUGCACAGUUGGAAACUGUUAAAGUAGGAAAGUCUUUUGAAUUACUAAACCCUGAUGAACAUUCACAUAUAUUACGUAAAAACGGCCGAGAGAUAGGAAAUUGUAGACCUGACAUUUCUCAUCAGUGUCUAUUGAUGUUAUUUGACAGCCCACUAAAUCGUGCUGGUCUUCUUCAAGUGUACAUUCACACAGAAAAUAAUGUUCUUAUUGAAAUAAAUCCACAAACACGAAUCCCUAGAACAUUUAAACGUUUUGCUGGACUAAUGG